UUCAUGUUUGGCUGGUUAAUGAAUAGGUUGACUGUGAGAAUGUAACUCGACAAGAAGGAAGCUGAUUGGCCUUUUGGUUUAUCUUACAAAGCGAAUUAUUCUAAAUUUUAUCUAUGACUGUUGUGGAGAAGGAUCCUUCUUCCCCAGCAGAAUCCUACAUACUAUGUAUUUGCUGGGGUGCUCGGACAAGAAAUGAAAUAGAAGCACAACAUCUCGUGGCAGAAGAAUAUGACCGACACAUAGCAUCCCGUAGAAGCAUGGCAGCUGCUUACCUUGAUCCGAACUUGAAUCACACAGCAGGUUCAGGAGCCAAGUCCCGUUUGAGUAUGGAACGAUCUCCUGGUGCCAUGGAACGAGUGCUGAAGGUCUUCCAUUAUUUUGAGAGCAAUAAUGAGCCCUCGACUUGGGUCAUGAACAUCAGGCAUGGUGAUGCCACUGAUGUCCGGGGUAUUAUUCAGAAGAUUGUAGAUUCUCACAAAGUUAAGAAUGUGGCCUGCUUUGGAAUUCGACUCAGUCAUAUGCAUUCUGAAGAGGUCCACUGGCUGCAUCCAGACAUGGGCGUUUCACAUGUACGUGAAAAAUUUGAGCAGCAUCAUCCUGCAGAGGAAUGGAGAUAUGAGUUAAGAAUCAGAUAUCUACCUAAAGGUUUCCUGAAUGAGUUUAAUGAAGACAAGCCAUGUUUAAAUUUCUUUUAUCAACAGGUUAAGAAUGAUUACAUGAUGGACAUAGCAGAUCAAGUGGACCAGGAUAUUGCACUGAAGCUGGGAUGCCUUGAGAUCAGGAGAUUCUAUAGGGAAAUGCGGGGAAAUGCCUUGGAAAAGAAAUCCAAUUAUGAAUUGUUGGAGAAGGACGUGGGUUUGAAGAGAUUCUUUCCCAAGAGCCUGGUGGAAUCAGUAAAGGCCAAAACACUGAGGAAAUUGAUACAACAAUCUUUUCGACAGUUUGCUAACUUGAAUGAAGAGCAAAGUGUUCUGAAAUUCUUUGAGAUUCUGUCUCCAGUUUACAGAUUUGACAAGGAGUGCUUCAAAUGUGCCCUUGGGUCAAGCUGGAUAAUUUCAGUGGAAUUAGCAAUUGGACCUGAAGAAGGCAUCAGUUAUCUUACAGACAAAGGCUCUGUGCCAACUCACCUGGCUAAUUUUAACCAGGUACAGACCAUUCAGUAUUCAAACAGUGAUGACAAAGACAGAAAAGGAACUUUGCAGUUAAAAGUAUCUGGAGCAGCAGAGCCCUUGACAAUAACAACUCCAUCACUGAACAUUGCAGAGAACAUGGCAGACUUGAUAGAUGGUUAUUGUCGCCUAGUGAAUGGGAUCAUGCAGUCAUUUAUUAUUAGAUCCCAGAAAGAAGGAGAACGAGCCUUGCCAUCCUUGCCCAAGUAA